UGGAGAUUGGCGCGUGACCUUACGAACGCCGCAAUUGCGCAUGUCCGCAGCGGUGUCCAUAGCAACACUGUUUCAUUACCUGCGGAUAUCUAGCAUACCAGCUAGCAUGAAUCAAAAUAAACCAGAGCUCGUUUUAUCUCGUAUAUUUUAGCUAAAUGUAUUAUCGGGUAACUUUAGUGAUUAGUCCAGCACUGUAUUAUAAGGUUUAAAGUUUGUACUAAUGGCUGAAAAGAGGCGGUCAGGGGUCGCUGCGGACCCCAAAUCAGCCAAAGCCGAGAGCGUUGAGGAGUUUCUGUCCCAGGCCGGGGUGGGCGCGCUGCUCCGGGGCGCGCUGCUGAAGCUGGUGGAGGCCCGACCGGAGGAUCCGAUAGGAUUUCUGGCUGAGCAUUUCACUAACGAGGCGUCGGAGACUGAGAGCAGUGGAGGAGGUGAUGGAGGAGAUGGUGAUGGAGGAAGAGAUGGAGAUGGAAAAUAUCAGGACGCGCAGGAGGAGCAGCAGCUGAACAAGGCGCUCUGGCAUCUGAGCUCAGCGCAUCACUCACAGAGAUCUGCCUUCAACAACAACAUCCGUGUGGCUUAUGAUCUGCUUAGUCAGUGCGGCUCCGCCCAGCGCGUACCUGGUGGAGUCCAGGGCCGACUCUACACUGAGAUGCUGCGGUGUGUGUGUAGUGACAGUGGCCUGUCGGAGACAGCGGCUGCCCCGCUCCUGUAUCACCUGCGGUGCCAUGAUUACGAGGUUGUGCCCUUUGAGCUCUUCCGGCAGGCGGUGCUUACGUGCGCAGCGUUCUCCGAGUAUGUACGCAGAGCACGGUGCCUGUAUGCUGACGUGGCAUGCUGUCCUGAGCGGCCUGCGGAACGGGAAUUAUGUGAUGCUGUCCUCAACGCUCUGCGAGAGGCGCUUGACACCUCACAUGGGCCUGACGCCACACGUUACCUAGAGGCCAGUGCCAAGAUCUCACCUGCUGAGCUGGCGCGGACCAUGGCCAAGACACGAGGUGCCAGCAGGGAGCAGGAAGGCCCGAGCAUGGACAUGCGUGAGUUUGAGGACGCUGCUGCAGCACUCUUUAUAGCCAGGGUGCGAGUGCUUAACUGAGUUAGAAUGCAGAUAAAGUCAGCUGAUUAGGAUUGACGUGAUGCCAGUGAGCCGUGUGCUCCUCUAGUUCAUAACAAGUGCAUUUGGGCUGAACGGUCUGACAUCAGAACAUGUACAUAACUCCUCACAUGUCUCCAUGUUCUGUUCUUAGAAACAGUAUUCACUCUCACUACACAUACAUUUAACAUUUUUCAGCUCUCUGUAAGUCAAACACCCACCAGAUUUGUUGAUGAGAGAGGUCAGAAGAGAAUGGCCAGACUGGUUUGAGCUGACAGGAAGGCUAAAUCAAAUAACCACUAUUUACAGCAUGAUUCUUUUGAUGCAAUUAUCAACCAUAAAUCCUAAAUUAUUUAAACUUGGUUGAAUAAUAUAAAUCUGCAGUUGCUAACCCCAGCACAGUAUUUUAACCAGUGUUGUUACUUCUUUUCCCCAGCAGGAGGAGCACGACAUAAUUUCUCAUACACAAACUGCUGUUUUAGUUCAGAAUUUUAAUCUUGUUCUUGUUACUUGAUGAGUAGAAACUUGUUUAAAGUGAAAGCAGCUCUGAGUGAUUUGAGGAAAUUAUGGAAGCAGAUGUGUUCAUGGACAAAUUUCUCUAGUAGGUGAUAAAUUUAUGCCUGUAUUCAUUUUGCUAGUGCAAUGAGAAUGUUUUAAUGCUAAUAUAUUCUUUUAAAAAUAUAUUCAAUAAAAGACACAAAGGCUUGGGUGAAUUUUUCAAUACCUAAAACUGAAAGACUUCCGAAUCUCACUCUGAGUAUAGCUUCCCGUUUAGUUCUUGAAGUGAGCUGACACUACUCACUUCAAGCUUAAAUACUGAGCUAUUACAAUCCUACCAAUCCAGUCUGUAAUUAAAUGUGUAUAUACAUUCAUUAAUUAUAUACGAUUCUGUAAAAAUGUGUUGAAAUUUGGAAAACUGAUACUGAUACUCACAGCCUAGUUACCUUCUAUUAGAACUUCCUAAUUUCACUAAAUGAGUUUAGCUAUUGAUUUUGCAGCUUCUCUAAUGGGAACUGUAAUUUAAGGAAGCUGAUCCAGAUCAGCCAUUUGAGAAAGGACACUCAUUUUACCACAGAGCUAUUUUUGGCUAUGCCUUUAGCCAUUAGUUAAUGUGUUGCUAAGGUUAUCAGUAUUGCUCUUUUAAUAGAGCAGCCCUGGGACACAUUAGGUGCAACAGGAAUGAAUCAGUCUGAGCAUGAGGCACCCAUUUUUUACGUACUAUUUGCACAAAUAAACCUCCAUAUUUCUCUUGAGAGGCUUUCUGCACAACAGAAACCACACAAUCCUUUUGUUUUGCUCCUUCUGUAUCACAAGUGAAGUCACGUGUCUCCACGGACAACAGACAGGAAGUGAGAAGGAGAAGAAUCAAUUUCCAUUGUGAGCUCGUUCUGCGGUUUGCUGUAGAUCCGUGCCAGAAGAGGCGGAUGCACUACUGCACACGUUAUCAAACCUAACGAGAAUCCGUGUGUAAAUAAUUCAGCAGGGUGUUUGUUACCAGAUCAUCCUCACCGGCCCGGCACAAAAGCCAGACUACUGGGUUCACAUCAUUGGGACUAUUUCCAGUGGAAUGUCAGCAGUGGUAAUCCCUUCAGUGUCGUCUGGACCCCGUCUCAAGCACGUCUGUCCCAUCUGCUUAUCUUCUGUGAUAAAGGGCUUCACAAUGGACGUCAUGUAAUGCUGCACUGAUCGAAUGAUCCGCCAUAUUGUCUGCUAGAGCUGCUUGUUUUUAUUAAGCAGUUACAGCACAUGAUUAGAGAGAGUUUAGAAGAGAAACAACUUCAGAGGAAUAAACUUUUUAAGGAUGUAAAGACAGGGUAUUAUAAGAAAACUGAAUUAAUUAACAAUGUCGAUCCCAGUUGGCAAACGAUCCAGAAGUGCUACCUAUUAUUUUCCCAGUAUUUUUUUUUUUUUCAUUUUUGUUUUAUGGCUUGGGACAGCACUGUGCAUUUCUUUAGGAAUGUGAUGCAUGGUACUGUUCAGAAGUCUUGUAAAGCAAAGAUGCCUUCCAAAAAUAAAUGAACUGUUUCUACAUAUAAUAAAUUGGCUACAAGGAGUGGUAGGUAAUAUGGCAUGUCCCAAAGUGUUUUAUUCUUCUUAUACCACAGCAAUUUGCCAAUGAUUACAUUCUUUAUUCUGUAUUAAUUAAAAAUAUGUACUUUUUAUUAGCUACAUUUAAUGCUGUGGAACAUCUGCAAAACAAGUUACUUCCUGUUAUCACUUACGUUAUAGCAGCUAUAAACAGUCAUUCCCUCA